AUGGCGGAACACCAAGGAAGCAACUUGAGUGCCAGUAAUUCUGGUAGCCAGAAAGACGCGUCAACUGCGUCAUACGACAACUUAGCCAUAGAAGAAGGAGACAAGGUACUCUAUGCGAAUAUUAGCUCGUCGAAGAACACAAGUGCUGAGAAAAGUACAAAUUCGAAACCGCUGAUUAUUUUCCUCGUGUUAACCCUGUUUGUUGUUCUCGCCGUCGCCAUCACGGUGAUUGCGCUAUACGCUACCGGCAACUUACCGCUUAGUAGCUCAGAUGAUUUGAUAUUUGAAGACACAUUUGACACGUUCCGAUUUGACUGGUGGCAACACGAGAUUACGGCAGGGGGCGGUGGGAACUGGGAGUUUGAAUACUACACGAACAACCGCUCGAACAGUUACGUCAGAGAUAAUAUCCUGUAUAUCAAACCGACUCUGACUCUUGAUAAAUUCAAUAACGACGAGAACGCCAUUUUGCACGGCACGCUGGACCUAUGGGGUCAUACGCCGGCUAAUCUCUGUACUGGCAAUGCAUGGUGGGGGUGUUCACGUACGGGAGAUGGCAACAGCAUAGUGAAUCCCAUACAGUCAGCGAGGAUACGAACAGUUCACAGUUUUAGUGUAAAAUAUGGUAAAGUGGAAGUGGUAGCAAAAAUGCCACAGGGUGAUUGGAUAUGGCCAGCAAUAUGGAUGUUACCGAAGUAUAAUGAAUAUGGUGAUUGGCCAGCGUCCGGGGAAAUUGAUAUUGUUGAAACCAAAGGUAACGUGGACUAUAAAUCUCCUGACGGUGUUUCACAGGGUGUGGAUAGCAUGGGUAGUACAAUGCACUGGGGACCAUGUUGGCCGUGGAAUGGAUGGGACAAAACGCAUGCGACAAAAUUUUUUGUUGAUGACGAAUUAAUUUUAAAAGUCGACCCAGGUAAAGACGGGUUCUACAAAUACGGUGGAUGGCAUGAGAGUAUACCAGAUGUGAUGAACCCAUGGGCUAAUAGUCCAAAUAAAAUGGCGCCAUUUGAUAAAGAGUUCUACAUAGUUAUGAACGUUGCUGUUGGUGGUACCAAUGGUUUUUUCUGGGAGGGUAACAUAAAUGGUGGUUAUCCCAAACCGUGGAGCAAUGAUUCUCCGACGGCGGCAAAAGACUUCUGGGAGGCCAGGAAUCUCUGGUAUCCAACAUGGAACCCGGAAGUGAAUAACGGAGAGAGUGCGGCCAUGCAGAUCAAAAGUGUCCGAGUGUGGAGAGGGAAGUAA